CUAUAAAAACAACUCUGGUAACCCUCCUCAUCCGACCAACAUGCAGCAGUUGUGAUAAAAAUUGAAUUUAAAUUGAAUUUUGAAUACUUUUAAGAAAAAGUAAUUUGAAGGUACAAGCCGAAAGUGAUUGUGUUACAGCAAUUGUAGGCAAAGUGAAUAGUGAUUUAUAAAUUGUUUGGGGAAUGCACAGUGAGUGCACGCUGAUUGCCUUGCAUCGUAACUGCCCGUCGUACACACUGGGAAAGCAGCCAUAAGAUUUUUCUUUUUUGUUUUGAGUUGUGCGCGCAAAGUAUCAAAACAAACUCAUUUAGUAACUCAUAAGGACUCAUAGGUACUGCCAAAGCGGGAAAUACAUAAUGGACACCAGUGUCAGCUCCGAAAUCGAUGUGACGGAUGAACUAGAUAAUGAGACGCCUUUGCCUGAACUCUCCUUGUACGAUUUGCUGGACCCGCCAACAACGUCCAAAGAGCAACAGUUGAACGCAGAUGAUAAUGAUAUUACAGAUGAUGACGAUGCAGAUGAAGACGAUGAUGACGAGGGUGAGGACGAGGAAUUUUUGUCAGCCUCGCUGAACGAAUCGUUGAAUACACCAAAACCCAAAAAGCCGCCGAUUGUCCGGAUAUUGGAGAACAAACGCAUUUCGGGACCGGCGCCCAUUGGAACGGCACUAAAGAAUAUGCUGGGCGGACCAAUUCGCAUAGUAACCACGCCGACGAAGCCGACCCAAGUAACAGAUGUGAAAAUCCUAAACAAGGUGCAGGCGCAGCCUUUAAAAUCUUUUGGGAAUACGCCAGUCAGAAUUGGCAGCACUACGAUAGCAACACCAGCAGGAUCAUCCACUGCCGCCACGACGUCAAAGAAUCUUGGCGGAGUUACAAUGACCCAAAUAAAAACCGCUGAUGGCAAGGUGCUGUUCCUGCAGAAAUCGGUGCCCGUCACGGGCGGAGCAGCGUCCAAGGUGCCAGUGAACACCUCGACAACACGUGUGGUGACUCAAUCACCAGCAAGCGGCGGUGGUAUACGGCAAACAAUACUUCCCAAAGGUGUGACUAUUACUGGUGCGGGACUAAUCAAGAGUGGGGUGUCCGGUUCACCAAUUGCUGUCAGGGGACUGACAACCAUUGGACCAACGAAAGCGAUCAGCUCGACAGCAACAACAGCAACAACAUCCGCUGCUGCUCAGUCAUCAACUGCAGCUGCAGCUUCGCCAGUGAAGAAUAAAAUGCCCAUAAAAGUAGUCCGAACUGCAGAUGGGAAACUGAUCAAACUGAAUCAGGGUGCUUCCCCUGUACUUUUAAAUGCCAAGGCAGGCACAACGGUUGCUGUAAGGGCAGCAGGCAGUACGGCAACAACAAUAACAACAUCAACUCUUAGCAACAACAGUGGUAAUGUGGCAAGUGGCAAUGUGGUGAUCAGCAAACCAACGGCACAGGUGAUCAUCAAGGGUCCGCUAAAGCAGCUGCCAGCGGGUGCAUCGCUUCGUCCUGUCAUCAGCAAUAUAACUAGCAGCAGCAGCUCGAGUACAACAACUGGCAACAACAGUCCUAGUAGUGGCAACACCACUAACAUUAUAGGCGUACCAACAACAGCAGCUGCAGCAGCAGCAACAACUGCAACAUUGCCAGCGGGCAAAAUGUUGGUGCAAAGCUCAACGGGCAAACAAAUUGUUGUCGCAAGUAAAAAUAUUAUUAAAUUAUCACCCAAGCCAGUUGCCAGCGCCAAUUCAAAUACACCAGCAACUGCAACAGCAACAGCCACGCCCAGUGGCCUGCAUGCAAUUCAGUUACCAGGCAAGACCGGUGUGCAGUAUGUCCGUGUUUUGCCCACCAACAGCAGCAAUAAGGUGUCUACCAGUCCACAAAAGGUGCCACUCGGACGUCCACGCACUGUCAGCGGCAGCAACAACACUCCUGGCAACAGCAACAACAACAGCACAACUGGAUCUGUCAGCAGCACCAGCAAAAUUGUUAUGAAAACAACGGUGGCAUUGUCCGGGGGCAGCAUUGUCCCGCUGCCAUCUAUGCAAACAUUUGUGCCCAGGCGUGCACCUGCCGCAACACCGGGUCCUGCCAAGACACUGGUCAAGAGCAGCAGCAGCAAUAGUAGCUUGGAGGGUGCACGCAAGCAUCGUUUAUCGGAUCUCAAUGUGCAGAUAAAGCAACUGACAAGCGAGAGCAGCAGCAGCGAUGCAGUUGGACCGGAUGCAAAGAAGGCACGAUAUGUUAUUGCCAUGCCGCAGACGUCGGCCACAUCCGUCAGCUCGACAGCAACAACGCCUGCAUCGCAGCAGCAGAUGCAAAAGCUGACGCCAACGCGAUCAGCGCCAGUGCAGCGCGUCACGGUGCAGGGCGCCAGCAGCAGCAACAGUGGCAACAACAAUGCCACAAGAAAAGUCUACAAUCUGGUCACAAAAAGCGAUGCCAAUGGCGUCAGGUAUAUGAUUUGUAACAAGAGCAGCGACGGAAAGCCGCGUACAAUGUUCAACACGACUAUGCGACGUGGCUAUACGCUGGCGGAUACAAAGCUGCGUCGUCCCACGACGCUGACACCGCAGCAGCUGAGAUUCAAGCAAAUGAAAAUGCUGCAGCAGCGACAGGUACUGGCGCAGGCGCAGGCUAAGCAGCGGCAACAGCAGCAACAGAAACAACAACAGUCGCCGCAAUCAAAAACACAACAACAGCAGCAACAGUCAACAUCAGCACAAGCCAAUAAAGCGACUGUGCCUGGCAAGCAGCAAUUUGACAUAUUAAGACCGCCACCAACUCCGGCGCCUGCAGCAACCACAACAAUUGAUGCCCUAGGCGGAUCACGACGCAAGCAUUGCAAUUGCAGCAAAUCGCAAUGCCUUAAACUCUAUUGCGACUGCUUUGCCAAUGGGGAGUUCUGUCAGGAUUGCACCUGCAAGGAUUGCUUCAACAAUCUGGACUAUGAAGUGAAACGAGAGCGUGCCAUUCGCAGCUGCCUCGAACGCAAUCCAAGCGCCUUUAAACCCAAAAUUACGGCGCCCAAUUCGGGUGACAUGCGUCUACACAACAAGGGAUGCAAUUGCAAGAGAUCCGGCUGUCUAAAGAACUACUGUGAAUGCUACGAAGCCAAGAUUCCCUGCUCUGGCAUGUGUAAAUGCGUAGGCUGUCGUAAUAUGGAGGACCGCCCCGAUGUCGAUAUGGACUCAAUGGAUGGCCUAGUUGAUGUGAAACAACAUGCGAACAAAAUGAAAGAGCUAAACGGAACCUUUCCGCAGGACAAUCGCUCGAAUGUUUAUUUAACGGACGAUGUUAUAGAAGCGACUAUAAUGUGCAUGAUAUCGCGCAUUGUUAUGCACGAAAAACAGAAUAUGCCCAUUGAGGAUACGGAGCGUGUGGUAAUGGAGGAAUUGGGCGAAAGUUUAAACCAAAUUAUAACAUUUGCCAAGGAAAAGAAUGAUACAAUUCAAACGGACGAUCCCAAGACGACGGCCUAAAGAAAAUGCGCUUGAAAAUUAUUUAUAUUCGAUGAUGUUUAAUUUCUACACACACAUGAUGCACAUAUGUCUAUUAGUUAAUAAGUUUAAAGCGAUCUGUUUAUUUUUCAAUUUCUCUUCUUAAUUAGGCUUUCUAAAAGUUGACCUUAAAGUAAAGUGUAAAGUGCAAAUUAAAUAAAAAAAAGGAAAAAAUUAUUAACAAAAACUAUAUGCAAAUUGUAUGUAUAUAGCAAUUAUAAUCUACUGUAGCAAAUUUAAGAUCAACUUAAAAAGAGGGAAACAUUUUGUUGUAAUUUAGCAAUGGUGAGCUAAUAAUCUGAUCAUUUUGGAAAUGACUCCCUUUACCACUUAUAAAUGUAAAUAAAUUAAAGUCUAAUAAAGCAUACGUUACCUUA